GUCUGUUUCGACUCGCCGUGGCAACCCUGGCCAUUCCUUCUAGGUCCUUGGCCCGCCUCGUCACUAGCACCGUUGCACGUCCUUACUCUGGUCUCGAGAACACCUACCAUAACCUACAUAUCUCCUUGUAAGACGCGUUGGAAUCUUCCUCGGACGGUUCAUACCGCAUGAUACAAUGACCGUCUUUGUGGCCAGUCUCUUCCUUCCUUACACGGUCAACUUUGACGGACCGCCAUCAUGGACGGGACCAGCUUCACGGUCUCCGAAGCUGCAUCGAGCUGAACCAGGAAUACCCGAAGCCAUCUCCCCACCCGUCUCUCAAAAGCCAUCCCUUGACAAUCAGUCAGCCAUCAGCUUGUUUGCAACCACCCCGAAACCCGUGGGGGCCCUCACGCAGAGUCCAGGUUCGCUGAUUCAGACGCCUGGCGCAACCACAGACCACGAGAAGAUCUUCCGUCCUCACAUCGAGCGACCGAUAGCACUGUCCCUUCCAAGUCACAUCAAGGAGAAGAACAAUGACAUCCAGGUGGAUCAACAGGAUCUGCAACAGCAGCGUCCUGUCCAGCUGAAAGACCUUCGAGGCAUCUCGCGACACGACCUACACUCACCUGGUUGGGGCAAGAGCUUUGUCUGGAACCAGCCACCGUCACGAGCCAAGUCCCCUCCUCCGAGCUCUAUCCUGAAACAUGCAGCAAUCGAACUUAAAGAGAAGGCGGCGGCUGUGGCGUUAGGCGCCCAGAAACAAUUAGGGCGCAAGGGACACCGGAGGUCAAGAACGGGUGGUUCUGAAGUUCAGUUCUCAGAAUACAAUUACACCAUCGAGAAGGCGGUCAUCGGCAACGGAGGUCUCUUCAACGCCAUUGAUGCUGCGGCCGACGCUGAUCUGCUCGAUGAGAAGCUCUGGGUGGGCACUGUGGGCUGUCCGAUUGAUGUGUUGGAAGAUCACAUGAGAGAGAACAUCGCAGAAAAGCUGGAAAAUGAUCACGAAUCGCUGGCAGUCUACGUCAGUGACAGCGAUCUCAACGGCCACUAUGAGCAUUACUGCAAGACCAUCCUCUGGCCAGUCUUCCACUACCAGAUCCCAGAUCAUCCAAAAAGCAAGGCAUAUGAGGAUCACUCCUGGGUGUUCUAUGUCAAGGUCAACGAAGCUUUUGCUGAUCGCAUAGCCAAGAACUGGAAGAAGGGAGAUAUCAUUUGGAUUCACGAUUAUCAUCUGCUCCUCGUGCCCGGUCUGUUGCGACAAAAGCUGCCCGAUGCUGAGAUCGGCUUCUUCCUGCACACUGCGUUCCCAUCCUCAGAGAUCUUCCGAUGUCUUGCUGUCCGACGCGAGCUUUUGGAGGGCAUUCUUGGUGCUGACAUGAUUGGGUUCCAAAAUGACGAGUACGGCCACCACUUUCUGCAGACUUGCAGUCGAUUGCUGAAUGUGGAAGCCACCAAACUCGGCGUUAUCCUCGAAAAUGGAAGAUUCGUCCACGUCAGCACCUGCCCUAUUGGCAUCGAUCCGAAAGCGAUUGACCAACAACGUCGCGUGCCUGAAGUGCUAGAUUGGGUCAACACUAUCACUGACAAGUAUCGCGGAAAGCGCAUCAUCGUUGGUCGAGACAAGCUAGACAACAUCCGUGGUGUGCGCCAGAAGAUCUUGUCCUAUGAGCUGUUCCUCAACAAAUAUCCAGAAUACAGGGAUCAGGUGGUUCUCAUUCAGAUUGCGACUUCGUCCACUGAAGACCCUGAGCUCAGCGCGACCGUUGCGGACAUUGUCACCCGAGUCAAUUCGACUCACUCUACGCUAGCUCACCAACCCCUGGUAUUUCUGAAACAGGACAUCGAUUUCGCCCAGUAUUUGGCCCUUCUCACUGUUGCCGAGUGCCUCAUGAUCACCAGCUUGCGAGAGGGAAUGAACUUGACAAGCCAUGAGUUCGUCAUGUGCCAAGACGGUCAAUUCGCCGAAGCCAAGCAUGGUCCCCUGAUUCUUAGUGAGUUCACUGGUUCGGCGACCGUCUUUGGACACAAUGCCAUUCUGGUCAACCCGUGGCAUUACACCCAGUGUGCCGACGCCAUCAAGCAGGCUCUGGAUAUGGGCUCUGAGGAGAGAAGCCGACGAUGGAAGGCAAUGUACGAUUAUGUCGUCAACCAGAAUGCCAACGUCUGGUACGAACAGUAUACUAAGGCCCUCAACAAUGCUUGGAAAGAACACUCAGUCCGUGAGGCGACUUCGGUCCCACGACUAUCAGUGAGUGCGGUCAAGACAAAGUAUCAGAAAGCGCCGAGACGUCUCAUAAUCCUGGACUAUGAAGGCACGCUGGCGUCAUGGGGCUCUCCCACUGACAUCAUCUUGACCACUCCCAAGCGUUCGGUCGAUGUAUUGAAUGACCUUACUGAGGACAAGAAAAACAUUGUCUACGUCAUGAGCUCCAGGAUGCCUGAGGAGUUGGAACGAUUGUUCAGUCCGGUCACUGGGCUCGGAAUGAUUGCCGAGAAUGGUGCCUAUGUCAAGGCACCCGAUACGGACGAAUGGGAGGAGCUCGCAAAUUCAGACCAUGCCAAAGAAUGGAAGAAGGGCGUUCGCAGCAUCCUCCAAUACUACGUGGACAGAAUCGAAGGCAGUCGAAUAGAGGAACGGCAUUCGGCUUUGGUCUUUGAUUAUGCAGAAGCUGAAGACUUGGCUGGGGCUUUCAAACAAGCUGGCGAGUGUGCUAACCACAUCAACGAUGCUUGUCAAGGCCAGGGCGUGGGUGCGGUACCGAUCGAGGAGGGUUUGUAUAUUUCCGAAAUCGGUAUCAACAAAGGAUUGGCUGCACAGAUGAUCAGCGACACUCUUGAGAAGUCGAGUCACGCUAUGCCCGACUUUCUGAUGGUGGUCGGCGAUUCCAGAGAAGAUGAAUAUGUGUUUAACUGGGCGCACAAACUGGAAAAGGCAGGCAAGAUUCGGGAUGUGGUGACUAUCACACUGGGAGGAAGAAAUACCGAGGCUUCAGCCACGCUAACGCAAGGCGUGACCGGUGUGUUGUCGAUCCUUGAAAAGUUGGUCAGGAUCUCGCAAUCCUAAGGGUGUGGUCAGACUAUCUGUUGGUUGGAGGUGCUUUUGAGCUCUCGGCUUCGAAAAGAACAGCUUGACGUGCGAGCAGAGCAUGAGCAGGUUGACGGUAUGAAUGAAUAGACGG